CACAAUCACCUUAACAUUCAUGCUCAUUGCAGCCACAAUAAAGUCAUUGGAAUGACACAAGAAAUGCAGUUGGCCCGUACAAUUUUAAGAUGAAAGACAGCUGAAGAGUGCAACGUGCAUGUCACACCCUCUGAGGCUGUGAUUAGCCCAAUAAUCACCAGCGCUGAGGCAAAUAGCUCCAUACAAAGGAGGAUUUAUGAAGGCAAUCAAGUUUGUUUGGUAACUAAUUAGGACCUCCUCCACAAACAGCAUGGCAGAUCCUCCACUCAGUCCUAGAAACUGUAUAAAAGUACUCACCACUCAGACCUCUUCUAAACACUUCUCCAGAUUUCAUCUCCUCGGUGAACUGGGUUUACCUCCAGUCCAGAAAGAUGACUUUCUCCAGCCUGUGCUAUCCAGAAUGCGGGGUGGCCCGACCCACUCCAGUUACUGGGAGCUCCAACGAGCCAUGCGUUAGGCAGUGCCCUGACUCUGAAGUGGUGAUCAGACCCUCACCGGUUGUUGUGACCCUCCCUGGACCAAUUCUCAGCAAUUUCCCUCAGCAGAGUGAAGUGGCAGCUGUAGGAGCACCUGUGGUUGGAGCCGGUUUUGGGGGCUCAUUCAGUUUGGGGGGAUUGUAGGUCUAUGGAGGCCAUUACGGAGGAUUGUAUGGUUUAGGGAGAUUAGGUGGAUAUGGGGGCCUUUAUGGUUACAGGGGAUUAUUGGGCCAUGGGGGAUAUUGUGGUUACCCAGGUCUUUACGGUUAUGGGGGAUUAUGGGGCUAUGGGGGACACUGCGGUUACCCGGGCCUUUAUGGUUAUGGGGGAUUAUGGAGAUACGGGGGAUAUGGCCAUAGGUAUCUUGGUGCAUACUGUGGGCCAUGCUAAACCCAUCAGGAACACUCGUGGAUGAAGGAAAAACCAGGAAAUGAUCGGCAAGAUACAGAUUCACCCCUGAUCUUUUGGGCAUGGCUUUCAGAAGUGCUGGGCAAACUGGGCUCCAGCUGAACUCAGUGGGAGCUGUGUGUGCUCAGCACCUUGGGCUGACAGCCAUGCUGCAUUUCUAAUGUUACGCUUUAUGACUCUUUCUGCCAAGGCUUUCCCACCUGUGUGCUGAUGCUUUCAUUCACAUGUGGACUCAUUCUGAAUUAUACGCAGGCUGUUUAUACGAACCCAGCAGUAUGAUGGAAACAGGGGCCUUAAGAUAGGUAUCAUUUAUAUUCAUUAUCGCCUUAAGUCCCUUUGCAAGGGGAAAAAGAGACCUUGCUGUCAAGGAGAAUUAGAUACCA